CAGACCUCAUCCCGAACCCGCGAUGUCACUGACAGCUUUGCGACCCGGCGCGGCCACUCGAACCAGCUGUCCAUCUCCGAUCCAAGCCACCAUGUCACUGAGGCGAUCGGUACGCUGUACGGCGACGACGACGAUUACUCGGGACCCGAAGGUCGGCCCCUGAGUUUUAUGGCUGCGCCGUACGGUGCCGAGCAGCUCCACGGGCAACAACUGAAACAGCUCGACCCUAUCGAGGACUCUCGAAGAGUGCUGAUGCGCUCGACCUCGGACCAAUCCCCCAUAACCAUCGCCACGACUGCUAACGGCAGCUCGAGCGUUAAGAAGACCCACACCCUGCCGGCGCGGAUGCCGAGUCAAGGAAGCAGCUCAUUGGAACACCCAAAGUCACCCAUGUCCCCCAUGCCUCCUCUCUCACCUUCACUGCGAGACGUGCGGGCAGACGAGUCGGGCUCCCAGUUUCCGUUAACCAACAUCGACAACCCCAGCGAUAUCGCCCAAGAGUUGAGCAACCUGCAGGCGCUGCGGCGCAUGUCCAUGGACGUCAGCAAUAACGCCGAUCCUGACCUGAUUCCCUUCUCAAGCAUGUCAUUGAUGUCGAUAGCCCCGACACGCGACGACGACGAGGCGGAUCCCUCGAGAUUGCUUUGGGUCCCUGCCAGGGUACACCCCGAGUUGGAUACUAAUGCAUUCAAAAACUUUCUCGAAAGUCGCGUACACUCAAUGAAGAGGAGGUCUGGCGACUCGAUGCUUUCGGUGGACGGGCUGGAAAGGCACAACUCGGGAAGCCUGAGGAGAAAGAAGUCGACGCUUUCGAGGCAGGUAAAUUCGGGCGAGAACGGAGAGGGCUAUUUCGAUGGAGCUGAGAGGCUCCAGCGGAACAGAUCCCAAAAUGCCGCUGGCGUGGCAGAGGUUAGCCUGGAUGAACUUGUAAAGGACCCAACGAGGGUGGUACAGAAGUUGACGCAGGAAACGCAGAGACAAGACGGCAGCCCGGAAAGCAGUAAGGAUGUCGACAUGCCAAUCCUGCCUGCCGCCCCAGGAAUGGGUCUACGGCGGUCGACACGAACAACGUACCGAAAAGGAGGAAGUUUGCGAGGCGACCGAGUUCCUUUCUCGAAGAGGAUAGCAGCCAAACAAGUCGAGAAGGAUCCAGAAGAGGGAGUAUCAACAGCACCUAUCGAACCGCCACCAGGACAUGGCAUAGCCCGAGUUCAGUCAGAACCUGUACCAGACAAUUUCUCCCGGCCAAAUCGGUCGGUAAGGAGACAACAUAACUUCUCACGAGACCCUGUUACAGCCCCUUCAGCUGCUGCUGCCGACACCACAGCACAAGGGCUUCCCGAAACACUCCCAUUCAGGACGCCGGCGGCACUGGCUCAAAGGGCAGCAGUACCGGUGCCCCAAAUAAUCGAAACACCUGCAGCAGACGAAACUUUAUCUUCCGACACCACGCAAUCCUCACGGCCUUUUCCAGAGAGAUCCUCGUCUCAAAAAGUGGUUCAACAGCUCUAUUCCCAGCAGCCAGAGGAGCCUCCGGCGCGGUCCAGCAAGCGACCAGCUGCUGGCCGACCACUACAGGAACCUCCUGCUCCCACACCAGGUCAGACCCUUACAGAUAUGGCAAAUCAUCCAUCGCUUCUCCCCGGUAGUGGCGGUAGUCGCACCGAUAGCCUCACCUUCAUCCCGACCAUGACUUCGGCAGAGGACAAGAAAUCAUCCGACAGGAAACAGAAGGACAGGGACGACUCUGAGAAUAUUGGCUCGUCAAAAUUAGGCUGGAAAUGGUUCAAGAGCGAUGACAGAGAAAAGAAGAAGAAAGAACGGGAGAGGGAGCGUGAGAAGGAAAGGGAGAAGGAGAAGGACGAGCAAGCCAAGAAAGCCAAAAACAAAAGCUUUGGCGAGAGAGCGCACGACAAUGCCCGGCUGGAUGUCCUCCAGUCCUCCAUCGACAAUGUCGUUGCCAAAGGUCGGGAAAGCCUUCUCCUGGACAGGGACAGUAUCGAUAACAAGCUGCACGAGGAGAGGAGAAAGGAGAGCAACAGGAAGUCGGGCGACUCCAAGAAGGAGAAGGACGGCUUCUUUGGCGGCCUUUUCGGCGGCUCCAAGAAGAAGAAUGACAAGGAACCGGGCACCAAGAAGAAGGAUCAAGGGUCUCUCAUUCCCGAGCCCCCCUCUCGUCCGCUUCGCCCAGAUGUCGACUUCCCCUGGACACGCUUUACCAUUAUCGAAGAACGCGCCAUCUAUCGAAUGGCUCAUCUGAAACUCGCCAACCCCCGCCGGUCCCUCCAGAGCCAGGUCUUGCUCAGCAACUUCAUGUAUUCAUACCUCGCCAAAGUCCAGGCCAUGCAUCCCCAGCUCAACGUGCCCCUGUCACCUCAACAGAAGAGGCAGGAGGAGGAACGCCGGCGGAAGGAGGCUGAAGAGCAGCAGCUGCAGCAAGAGCAGCAGAUGGCACACCAGCAGGCGGCCAACGAUGGAAACUUCAACUUUGAGUACCAUCGAUCUGGCAGCCAGUACGGCGAUACGCCUGGCCCGCACGACGGCCCGGUCGACUACGUUGAUGAUGCCGAGAUCUAUCAGUACGACCAUGGCGAUCAGCACGACGACGGAGCAUCAUCCUCUGGCGACUACGAGAACGGGGGGUCGCAUUCUCACGACGGCUACGGCCAGGGCCAAGGCCAAGGCCACCAGCGCCAACGCAGCGGCAAUCAGAGUUACUAUUAUGGCCAGGGUAAUAACGGGCGUUACGAAGACGAUGACGACGAUGGCGACAUGUGGUAG